AUGAAUUUCUAUUCGAAAUCUCCAAAGACCCAAUCCAGCCAACAUCAUUCAAGAAUUGGGCCCUUUCUACGCUAUAAAGCUACUGAUACUGAUCACGACAGAUCUUUUUCACAAUCAAACAAAAAUCAACAAAACAAUCAAACAAUGAUCACUGUUCCACAAGUUGUCAAUCUUAACCUCGCUGGCCAAUGGAGAGAAUCAGGAGGCAAAGUCUGGCACUGCACUCAAAACGGACAUCAUUUCACCUGGACUCAAGAAGGUACUGGAAGAGUUGCCACUGGUAUUGCUGUUCCAAAGGUUAACUCUUCCGAAUUUGCUGUCGUGUUGACUUUUGACAACACUGUUCACUGGUUGUUGAAGCCAUCCAGUGAUCAUAAUCAAUUGCAUGGACCUUCUGAUGUUUUCACUCGAGUGCAUCCAUUGGUUGCUGAAGCUCCAUUUGGCGGCUACCAAGAAAAGAGUGGAAAGGUGUGGCAAGUGACUGCCUCUACCCCAUCUUCCUUCGUUUUGCACAAUCAACAAGAUGGAAGAAAUGCUGAUGGCUUCUUCUCUAGAGAUCCAACCAAUGGAAUGUACAUUGUUUUUAUUAAUUUCCAUAACAAUGGACAAGAUCACUUGUUGAAGGCUGUCACAAACUCUUUGGCCUCUAUUCCUCUUAGCAAUGGUGAUGUUUUCACAAAGACUCAUUAG